AUGUCUGAUCGUCCUUGCUUUAAUUGCGGUGAGGUUGGUCAUUUCGCCCGAGAUUGCCAGAAGGCUUCUGAUCGUGGUGGUUUUGGUGGUGGUCGUGGCCGCGGUGGUUUUAGCAGAGGCCGCGGACGUGGCGGCGGUGGCUUCAGCGGAGGCCGCGAAUCCACGUGCUACAACUGCGGAGAAGUCGGCCAUUUCGCUCGAGAAUGCACUGCACCAAGAAACCAGAACAACUCUGGUGGUCGUAGCGACGUUCAGUGCUAUAAUUGCCAGGGUUAUGGUCACAUCUCCCGCAACUGCCCUGAACCGCGUAAUAACUAA